AUGCUCAGCAAGUCCCUAGGCCUCACAACAGACAAUGUGACCUACGAUCUAGAGGACUCAGUGACGCCACACGAGAAGCCCAAUGCGCGACAGGCACUCGCCAAGCACCUGUCGGCCAUUUCAUCAUCAUCCCGGCCAAAAGGCAUAGGCGAGGUUGCGGUCCGCAUCAACGCCGUCUCCACUCCCUAUGCCUUGGAGGACCUCCAGACCCUCGGCAGCGAGCCAGGGCUCGACGCCAUCGUGAUCCCCAAGGUGAACAAGGCCUCGGACCUCACCUUUGUAGCCGAUGUGUUGAAACACGUCGCCCCGCAGCGGUACAGCAACUCACAGCCCAUAAAGCUGCUCGCCCUCAUAGAGUCAGCCGAGGCGAUCCUCAACCUAGGACCCAUCUGCCAGGCCGGCGUGUCAGACGGCGUGAGCCUGUCAGGCCUGAUCUUCGCAGCAGAGGACUUCUCGCUCGACCUGAGCCUGACGCGGACGCCCUCCCUCCGCGAGUUCCUCUACGCGCGGUCCGCCAUCGCGACGCACGCCCGCGCCUUCGACCUCGCCUCCACCAUCGACCUGGUCUGCACCACCUUCCGCGGCGACGAGGGCACCCGCCGGCUGCGGGAGGAGUGCGCCGACGGCAAGGGCAUGGGCUUCAACGGGAAGCAGUGCAUCCACCCCUCGCAGGUCGACGUCGUCCAGGCCGCGUUUGCGCCGUCCGCGGACGAGGUCGAGUGGAGCGUCAGGGUCGUCGUGGCGGAUGAGAAGGCGAGCAAGGGGGAUAGGGCCGGAGAGAGCGGGAGGGGGGCGUGGACACUCGACGGCAAGAUGAUCGAUGCGCCGGUCGUGGGCAGGGCAAAGGCUGUUGUUGCCAGGGCGGAGAGGAGUGGCUUUGAUGUCGGCGCGGUGAGAGAGAGGUGGAAGGACCAGAAGCCCGAGUGA